AUGGAGCUCGAAUUCUGCAAGAAGGUCAAGGAUAAGUACAAUGAACUCAAUGAUCUAGCAUCAAAUCAUGGCGGGGGAUAUGAUUCAUUAGUUUCUACGUUCGACUGGGGUAAAGAAAUGAUAAAAUAUAUUAGAAGAGAGAGUCCAAAUCCACACGGCAAGAGCUGGACCGAGGCAAAGAGGAUUUUUGUAGUCAUGAAUAUGUAUGGCAUAUAUUAUCGAGCUGUUGAGAUACUACUCAGGGAGGGAAAGUUCAAGGUUUAUGACUGCAAUAAACCUGCCAUCAACAAGUUCGAUCUAAAUAGUUGUUGUUUCAUUGUAACGUUUAGGGAUGAGGCAGACUGCAUCAAAAAGGUUGUUGAUUACAUAUCACUGAACACUAUUUCACCGGUUUCGGAAAGCUUAGUGGGUACUCAAAUUGACAAAGUAAUCUCAUUAUUACAUUUGAAAUCCGAUCACGUUUGUUCCGCUGGAAUAUGGGGAAUGAGCGGUAUUGGUAAGACAGAAAUUGCAAGUGUUAUAUAUGAGAGAUAUCGACAUCAAUUUGAAGCUUAUUGUUUUCUUGAUGAUGUUGGAGAAAUGUACCGGAAAAAGGGACUUACAUGGCUACAGAAAAGUCUUAUCUGCAAGCUAUUAGGAAAAAAGAUGAUUGUAACUAGUGAACGUGAUGGAGCCAUAAUUCUAAAGAAUGCGCUUCGCUGGAAGAAAGUUCUGCUCAUUCUUGACAAUGUAGACCAUCUGAGUCAACUAGAGCUUAUAUUUGGAGGGACAGAGUGGUUUAGCCGGGGUAGUAGAAUUUUGAUUACCACGAGAGACAAGCACAUGAUAAUCACUCAUGUGAAGGAGGAUAAAGUAUAUGAAGUCCUACUAUUAUCCGAGACUGAAGCUCUCGAACUAUUUUGCAUGCAUGCUUUCAAAAGAAAGUUUCCGGAGAGAGAUUUUGAGGAACUUUCAAGUGUAGUAGUGACGUAUGCUGAUGGACUCUCUUUAGCUCUUAAAGUUUUGGGUUCUUCUCUUUAUGGACGAAACAAAGAGCAAUGUAGACAUAUAAUUGAUAGAUUGAAGAAAAUCCCUCAUGAUCUAGGAAAACUUAAAAUUGGUCUCGAUGGGUUGAAUAAAGAUGAGAUGAGAACAUUCCUAGAUAUUGCAUGCUUGUGCAAUCAUGAAUCAAGAUAUUAUGUGGAACUAAUACUUAGGAGUUGUGGUAUUCACUUGAUAGGAAUAAGCUACCUCGUCGAAAAAUCUCUCCUAUGCAUCAGAGAUUACUCGUUUGAGAUGCAAAGUUUGAUAUGUCAAAUGGGUCUAAAUGUGUUAAGGGAAGAAUAUGCAAACGACAGAAUAUGGCUUAUUUAUGAGGUUCAUGACCUUUUCGCUGGAAAGUUGAAAGCAGAAAAGGUGGAAAGCCUACGGAUCCCAAAAGGUUACCGUUUUGAAGAUGAUCAUGUAAAUCAUAACAAGGUAUUCAAGAGGAUGCAAAGCUUACAGGUGUUGAUAUUUACUCAUAGAACUAUUUGCCCGGAAAGCACCAUCACUUCUCUUCCUUCUAACCUGCAGUGGGUUGAAUGGCCGAACUAUGCAUCAUGUUCAUUGCCGGAGGGGUUUGAACCAUCACACUUCGUUGGGCUUUGUUUACUUGGAAGUCGGCUUGUUGAACUUUGGCCAAUACCAAAGAAGUUGAGCAACUUGAAGCAUUUGGAUCUAAGCGAGAGCCUCGGGUUAACGAAAACACCUAAUUUUGGUGAUAUGCCAAACUUGGAGACACUAAUUUUAUGGAAGUGUGAGAAUUUGGAAGAGGUCCAUCCCUCUCUUGGACAUUGCAGAAUGCUUACUUACUUGAGUUUGAGGGGUUGUGUCAAACUUGAGAAGCUUCCGAAAUUCGUCUGCAUGGAGUCUCUUGAGAUUCUCCACCUUGAGAAGUGCACGCACUUAAAAAGAUUUCCAAAAAUCUGUGAAGAUAUGCGGCGCUUAUCAAUGCUGGAUGUAGGAUCCCCCUGGAUAAGAAACUUAUCCCCGGCCCUCAGCGGCCUUAGUUAUUUGAAAUUGAAAGGCUGUGAAGUUCUUGAAAGUAUUCCUGAAGCUUUUCGAAAUCUUGAAAGACUCCACAUUUCAGGUUGCAAUAAACUUGCAACAUUGCCAAACAGCCUCUUUGAAUCACAACAAUGGAUAUUUCUUUACAUACGCAAAUGUUCUGGAUUGGUAGAGCUCCCCGUAUCUCUUGGAAUUCAAAAGAAUCUUGCUGUUUUAUGCAUAGCAGAAUAUACAUUUCCAGAAAUCAACAGAGAUGUGCAUUGCUUGAAAAGCUUUACUCUCGAGUCUACUGGGAUAAGAGAACUGCCUUCGUCCAUUGGGAAUCUACGCGGUCUCGAAUUUCUCAGUCUGAAAGGUUGUGAAGAUCUUGUAUAUCUACCAAACAGCCUCCGUAAUUUGACAAAUCUUCAAUGGCUUAUUCUUCGUGGCUGCAAAAAGUUUCCAGAAAACAUCGAUGAUAUGCAACAGUUAGAGACACUUGAAGCGAGAGAAACUGCAAUCCCCCAACCAGCUCCACCUCCUUCCAUCGCCAAGCUUGGCAAACUGAAGGAGUUAAUGCUCUCACAUGAACAAUUUCAACAUUCCUCAAGUUUCGUCUUGCAUCAAGUAUCAAGUGAUCUUUGUAAUCUCAACAUACUGGGUGGACUUCCGGAGGAUUUAGGAUCUUUGCAAUCUUUGGUACGUUUGGAUGUUAGUGGGAGCUAUAUAUCUUGUUUACCCAAAAGCAUCAACAAACUCUCACGACUUAAUCACCUGAACGUACAAUUCUGUCAGAAUCUUAAUGAAUUGCCCAGAGAGCUACCCUCAAAUUUAACGGAGCUAUUUGCAGAUUAUCAUUUAGCCUUGAAGAGCAUCGAUGAUCUAUUAAAUAAGUGUCUUAAGCCGCGUAUGCUCUAAAUAUCAUAGCGUGCUUGUGAACAAUUCGAAUGCCAAACUGUCUCAAGUGAACACGUUAGCGUGUUGAAGUUGCUACAACAUUUUCUCAGGACAUGCAUCCAGUGUGACUUCAACCAAAGGCCUUCUUUUCUCAUAUCUUAUCCCGGAGUCAGAAUUCCAGAGUUGUUCGAUUAUCAGUUUAUAAACCAGAAAGAGAUCUCAUAAUUCAUCUGAACCCGUGUUGGUAUACUGAUAAGUUCAUGGGAUUUUCAACGUGUUACUGUCCUAUCGAAGCGAAUGUGAGACUAGAAGUUACAUUGAUUUGCAAAUCUGACCUCGAAAGAAAACAUGCCUUGAAGUAUGUCAUCCGUGAAUAUUGUCCUCAGUUUCCUUCUGCCAUGUAUUUCAUCUACAUACCAUUUCAAACAUUGUGGCGCGGCGCUUCUCAAGGGAAAACCCCGAAUGAUUAUUACCUUUUCGAGGUAUCUUCAUUUUACGAAGAGGAACUAUGGUGGGGAAUCGGCCUGGAGUUUGAGAAUAAAGUUUGGAGAUGAACAAGGAAGCAACGAGUGAUACAAAGUCUCUAUAUUCUUUUACAUUCUCAGCAGGGGCGGAACCUGGUAGGAAAUUACAUUGUUUAUAAAUAGUUAAAAUUUGUUUUUUAAUGUAUACAUAGAGUAGAUGUUGAGCACCAUUGACUUCCUCAUGUGUUUGCUUCUUCAUAUUUUGAACCACCUAAGUGAGAAUCCUAAUUCCACCACUGAUUCUCGGUGGAGAACCCCUUCGGUACUUUUGGUUGUCUGUGUCAAAUAAAAGAAAAGUAAUUUCUUUUUUCUUUCAAUGGGAACCUGAAUUCCCACGUCUGUCAUGUGUUUUCUAAGUGA